CUCCUGUGCACUGUGUCCCGCGCCAAGCGCAUCAUCGCCUCGCUGUGGCUCUUCACCUCUCUCUAUUGCCUCAUGUGGUUCUUCCUGGUGGACACGACCCAGGUCACCUUCUCGGAUGGGACACAAGUCAGCUGUGGUUACCGAGUCUCCAGGAGCCUUUAUAUGCCCAUUUACUUCUUGGAUUUUGCUGUCUUCUACAUCAUCCCCUUGGGGCUGGCAACUGUCCUCUACGGCCUCGUAGCCCGCAUCCUCUUCAUGAGCCCCCUGCCCACUACCCUGCAGCACUCCUGCCCGGGCUCCAUGCACCAGGGCAGCUCCCUCAAGCUCUCUUGCCGGGGCAGCAGGGGGGCCCUGAGCUCCCGCAAGCAGGUAACCAAGAUGCUGGCUGUCGUAGUGGUCCUCUUUGCCCUUCUGUGGAUGCCUUAUCGCACACUGGUUGUGGUGAACUCCUUCAUGGACCCUCCAUACCUGAACAUCUGGUUCCUUCUCUUCUGCCGCAUGUGCAUCUACCUGAACAGUGCCAUUAACCCCAUCAUCUACAACCUCAUGUCACAGAAGUUCAGGGCUGCCUUUCGGAAGUUAUGCAAGUGUGAAGCAAAGAGUGCUGAGAACCCCAUGCCAUACACCGCCCCGGUGUACUACAGCGUUAUGAAGGGCCAUUCCCAUGACAGCUCCGAUCACAACACCGAACAAGAAGAUCUGAACAUUCUUCCUGCACCUGUGAAGAGCAAGCCUGCCAAAUAA